AUGGUAGCACAACCCCAAACCGUCAACGUUUUGUUGACUUCAUUUCCGGGCUUGAAUCUACCUUCGACUCUAUCCCUACCUCUACCUACAACCACCACCAUAUCAGAGCUUCAAGACAAACUUUACGAACGCAUUCCAUCUCAAGAUCGUCGCCUUAUUCUCACAACCAUCUCGAACAAGUUACUUUCUACCGAAUCAACUUCUCCAAUAUCAGAUUUAUUAUCAAAUCCUGAUGAUGAGUUUCUAUCUUUACGACUUUCAGCGCGAUUAUGUGGUGGCAAAGGAGGUUUUGGAUCUCAACUUCGUGCAGCUGGAGGUCGCAUGUCUUCAAAACGUAAGAAGGGACAAGGCGAUCAAAACGGUUCAAGUCGAAAUUUGGAUGGUCGCAGAUUAAGAACAGUCAAUGAAGCAAAGGCAUUAGCUGAAUAUCUAGCAAUUAAACCAGAAAUGGCAAAGAAAGAUAAGGAAGAGAGAAGGAAACGAUGGGAACAAGUUGUGGAAUUGGCAGAGCGAAGAGAACAGGAAAUUAAGAAUGGUACUAAAGGAAAGGUGGAUGGUAAAUGGGUUGAGGAUAAGGAGGAAGCCGGAGAGAGAACGCGUGAGGCUGUUCUUGCGGCUAUGAAAGCUGGGAACUAUAAGGAUAAUUUGUUGGCAACAUCUUCAGGUAGUGGCUCAGGAACCGAUGGCUCCGCAAGUGAAGAAGAUGAGAUUAUGGGUGGUACAGACUCGAACGAUACAACUCCACCAUCUGAGUCUACACCCGGUAAGCCGAAGGCUAUGAAUUUCUUUGGCUUUGAUGAGGAUGACGAGUUUAUGAGUGAUGACGACGAGGAAGAGGAAGAGGAAGAUGAAGACGAUGUAGUCGAAGCCAAGAAGCCUGAGAUACCCAAGGAAGUUGAGGAAGAGGAAGCAGAAGCAGAAGCAGAAGCAGAAGAGGAGGAGGUUGAAGUUGAGGAAGUUGCCAAAGAGCCAACACCACCCCCUGCCCCAGCUCAAACAAAAGGCAAGGUUCGAUCAAGGAUACCCGUCAAAUCACAAGCAAAGACACCUACAAAAGCACCUGCAAAAUCUCCCGCAAAAGGAAAAGGAAAAGGAAAAGGCAAGGGGAAAGCUAAAUGA